AUGGCAAUACACUCCAUAAGCAACAAGCGCCGAUCCUUCUGUAGAAGCUCAGCUCCCCGAGAGGGCCCUGGCAGACACACUCCUAGUCCCCGCGGGGCAGACGCGACCUGCUUUGCGCCCCGCCCGCAGCUCUGUUCAACGAGCACGCUUCGACUCCGCCCUUACUGCCCCGGCCCCGCCCCCGGCUCCUCCGCCUCCCAGCCCGCUCCCGCCCCCCGCGCGCGCCGCCGAGGGGGGAGGGACAGGAACCGCCUUCGCGGCUGCCCGUCCGCCCCGCGCAUGCGCCCGCCGCAACUGGGCGGCCUCCGCUCGCACCUCGGCCGCUGGGGGCGCUGCUGCCCGCCCGCGCGCGCGCUUGGCGCCGUCGUCCCGGCGCGGGGGCGGGGCUGGUUGUCGUUGGGGCCCACGCCCGAGACCGUGAUGGCGGCGGCAGCAACCGCAGGUGGUGGAGAGCGGAGCAGCACUCGGGACCGGCUCCUGGCGGCGCUGGAGGAUCUUGAGCUCUUGGCCAGGGAACUCAUUGAAAUUUUGGCAAUUUCAAGAAACCAGAAGAUUCCACAACCAGGAGAGGAGAGCCAGAUCCUGGAACUGCUGAUUCAGAGAGAUGGGGAAUUUCAGGAGCUGAUGAAGCUGGCAGUUGAUCAGGGGAAAAUCCAUCAUGAAAUGCAGCUGCUAGAAAAGGUGGUCGAAAAGCGAGAUAAUGAUAUUCAGCAGCUGCAGAAGCAGCUGAAAGAAGCAGAGCACAUUCUGGCAACAGCUGUUUAUCAAGCAAAGGAAAAGCUGAAAUCAAUUGAAAAGGCAAGAAAAGGUGCCAUUUCCUCUGAAGAAAUAAUCAAAUAUGCCCAUAGGAUCAGUGCCAGCAAUGCUGUGUGUGCCCCUCUGACAUGGGUACCAGGGGAUCCACGUAGGCCAUAUCCUACAGAUCUGGAAAUGAGGAGUGGUCUCUUGGGUCAGAUGAAUAACCCAUCCACCAAUGGAGUUAAUGGGCAUUUACCAGGGGAUGCACUUGCAGCAGGCAGACUCCCAGAUGUGCUUGCUCCUCAGUAUCCUUGGCAGUCAAGUGAUAUGUCAAUGAACAUGCUACCUCCUAAUCACAGUAAUGACUUCAUGCUGGAACCUCCAGGACACAACAAAGAGAAUGAGGAUGAUGUAGAAGUUAUGUCAACAGACUCCUCAAGCAGCAGCAGUGACUCAGACUAGGUACAAGAGGGGACAGCAUCCCUGGUAGACCUUUCCUGUGGUGAAGGUAGGUUGGAUGCUGUUCAUCACAAACUGCAAGGCCCUUUUGUUAGGCUGGCAGCCCUGAGCAGGGAGAAGGUGACUGCUGGCUCAGAAAGAGGGUGACAUUUAAAACAGAGGACUUCAGAAUUACCUUUUUUCCCCCCUUUUUUGCCCUUAAGCUGUUCAAGUGAAAUGACUGGGAGCUUUCUGCUGGAGGACAGAUGUCACUUUCCAGUGAUGAUGUAACU